AUGGUGAAACAUCAGCGUGGAGCUGUGACAGCAGUUAUGAACAUGAGUUUGUUUGUGCUGCUUCUGCUGUCAGGACUUCUGUGCAGUGCUUCUGGUCUUUGGCGAGAGUAUCAGUACAUAAACAUAAAUAUGACAUGGACAGACGCUCAGAGUUACUGUAGAGAGAGAUUCACUGAUCUGGCUACUGUAGACUCAAUGGAUGAUGUGAACAGGAUGAUGAAUACAGUGAAUGAUGGGUACAGUGGAUCAAUGUGGAUUGGACUGCAGAAGGGAACACAGAGUAAUUGGAUUUGGUCAAAUGAAGAAGAUACCAUUUCACAGUACAGUCCAUGGUCCCCUGGAGAACCUAAUGUUGGAGAAGAUUGUGUUUUCUCUAACAAUAAUGCUUGGUUCGAUUAUUGGUGUGGAAACGCAUUAUGGUUUCUGUGUUACAACGAAAGUACUGGAUAUAUCAGAAUAAAUUCGGCGAAAAACUGGACAGAUGCUCAGAGUUACUGCAGACAACAUUACACUGAUCUGGCCAUCGUCCACAACUCUGAAGAGCAGAAGCAGCUAUGUGCAGCUAUUAAUUGUGAUUGGCACUGGUACUGGAUCGGUCUGUACAAGGAAUCUUGGCAGUGGUCUGAUCAGAGGAACUUCACCUUUAGAAACUGGGCAGCAGGACAUCCAUUCAUAAGUUCUGGUGACUGUGCUGCCAUGUCAACAAUUGAUUCUGGGAAAUGGGUUCGAUACAGCUGUGACCAAAAGUACCCUUUCAUCUGCUAUGGAGAGGAAAAGUUUGUUAAAAGACAGACUGUGAGACUGAACUUUGAUGGAAAUCACAACAUGAAUGAUCCUUCGGUACAGACUUCCAUUCUGAAUGAGAUAAGUGAAAAGCUAAAGAUCAUGGGGCUGAACGGCUUGAAGAAUGUGAGCUGGAGUAAGGAUGAAGUUGGAAAGGUGUUUCAUCUGACUGGCAGACACACAGCAAAUUUAAAUUAUGUAUGUAAAUAUAUUAGGAACUAAUCAUCAAUGUAUUUCUGUAACUUUAAAACAUACUGUACUCUGAGAAUAUUAAAAAAUUAUGUAUCAUCUUUCAGACGAAAACAAUUUGAGUUAUUAAAAAAAAUGUCCUGGCUCUUCCAAGCUUUGUAACGAUAGAAAACCAGAAACUAAUUAUUAUAGUUUAUACAUUUUUAAAUGUGGAUAUUUUUAUUUUAAAAUCGUAUUGAUUACAAUCAAAAGGCAUUUAUUUAUCCACCUGGAGCCUUGUUGAUUACUUUUGUGAAGGAUAUAUGUGCUUUAUUGGGCUUGAAAAUCGUGAACCCUGUUUUCUACCAUAAUAAAGCUUGGAAGAGCCAGGACAUUUUCUUAAAUAACUCAAUAUGUGUUCGUCUAAAAGAUGAUUGACAUGUACCGCGGAUGGCUUGAGCUUGAGUAAAUCAUGGGGUAAUUUUUCAUCUUUAUGAAUACAAUUUAUUUGGUGUGAAGUAGAUACAAAAAUAUCUUUCUUAUUUGUAAUAGAAAUUUAAUUGACAAUGUUUAUUAAUACAACUUUUAGUUAUUACGAAAUAAGAAGUUUAUCUGCUGAUAUUCUGAAGUACAACAAGAACAGAUCACAGAGGAGUCAACUGUAUCAUUAUUUAUAAACUGUAAAUGCUUAUAAAUUAUAACAGAUUGAACUAACUUUGCCUAACCUGAGAACAGAUUCGGUGCUACUUAUAGGCAGAGUAGGCAAAUGCCUAAGACCUCAGGCUUGGAGGGGGCCUCCAUAACCACUAAAUCGCUAGUCCACCAAUCACUACUGACAGCAAUAGACAAAGUUAUAAGGUGACUUUGACUUCAUGCCGCGUCGUAAGAAUCGCAGGCGAUGAUAUCUAAGUACAGUGAGAAUGAUAAGCAGACUCCUCAAAUCACUUUCGCCUCGAUGUCCUCCGCUUGUCGGUUCUUGCAGCGCGGCAUAAAGUGGAAGAAGCCUAGCCUAUAUGAUGAACAGCAUUCAAAACUUUGCAGCUGACUGACUUUAAAAGUGAUGCAGGUAUUUUGAAAUGAUUGUAAUGCAUUGUAAAAAUAAACUUGGCUUUGUUCUGUGUAUCAACGUCAUUUCAGGACAGAUCAAACUUGCUGCUGGUGACUCUGUUCAGACACAUUGAAUGCGCGUGCACGAUAGCAUCGUGUGGGGAGCUGACUAUCAAAAUAGUCAAGUUAAAAAGUUUGUACUUAAAGUCAAACAGCAAACAAAA